AUGGAUUGGACCAACGAUUUUGAAACACUGGGUGGUGAGCUGGUGUGGGGAAGUGGUGGCGAAAUCCAGGAUUUGCUUCAAAACUUCGGCCUCGAUGCCACCGAAGUAACGCCCCUCUACGCAAUGGAGUUUCACACUGGUGAAGCUUUGGUGAUGUUUGAAGCGGACUCAACCUUCUACCUUUUCAACCGUAUUGAAGGCUCUCUAUAUCAAAUCAUCCAACCGAAUGACUUGACUACGAUUGUGGAGUUGAUCGACGACAAGAAUAAAGGAUUGAGAAGCCUCGAGAUUGAGCAACUAUAA